CUGAAUAAGUGUGCCUCAAAUUAACGGUCUGUAGCUAAUCCUGGUCUGAUUUUGUUCCCUUUUUUUUUUCUGCACGGAGUUGUUUUUUUUUGUUAAAUAUCACAGAUAUCUUUUGAAGGGACUUCAAUCAAAUAAAACUAAAUGUCGUCGGAUUUGAUAACCCCAGAGCAAUACAUUGACUUGAUUGGCCAAGCUGUUAAUAAAAUCCAAUCGGUUUUGCCAACAGAUUCAGCUAUAUCCAAGCCGAGAGUAUUAAUAAUAUGCGGAUCAGGGUUAGGUGGGAUAGCCAGUCUUUUAGACAAAGAGUCCCUAAUUGAAUUAUCUUAUAAGAAUAUUCCAGGAUUUAAGACAUCGACUGUUCCUGGUCAUGCCGGUAAACUAGUUUUUGGACUAAUCGGAUCGAACAAGGUACCUGUGAUAUGUAUGGUUGGACGUCUUCACUACUAUGAAGGGUAUACUUUCCAACAAACUACUUUCCCAGUCAGAGUAAGCAAAAAGCUUGGUGUCGAGAAUGUGAUUGUUACAAAUGCAGCAGGUGGAGUGAAUCCAUCUUUCAAACCAGGUGAUCUAAUGAUAAUCAAUGAUCACAUUGAUUUUCCAGGUCUUGCUGGCCAACAUUCAUUGAGAGGUCCUAAUUUGGAGACUUUUGGAGAUCGUUUCCAACCUUUGUCUGAUGCUUACAGUCACGAAUUGCGGAAGAAGUUCUUCACCAAAGCUAAAGAAUUGGGUGUUACUCGUAAUAUUUAUGAAGGGACUUAUUUAUUCGCCUCAGGUCCAACUUUUGAAUCAAGGGCUGAAGUGAGAAUGCUUAGAGUAAUUGGAGCCGAUGCUGUUGGUAUGUCGACUGUUCCUGAAGUCGUUGUAGCCCGUCAUUCGGGCCUCAAUGUUUUGGCAUUAUCCUUGAUAACGAACUCUGGUAAUGGAGAGAAACCACCAAGUGUAUUUGAUGAAAACGCCAAACCCCUCAAUGAGAACAUAGCAUCGCAUGCCGAAGUUUUACAAGCUGCAGAUGAAGCUUCCAAAGACGUUACAAGAAUUUUUGAAGCUACUAUCAAUGAAUUAUAAGUUGCAUUCAAUUAUAUGCAUCUAAAGAUAUAUGUACGAUCAAGAAAUAAAAUGAAUGGUUUUCUUAAAAUUUUAAAGCACAGUAAUAUACGCCUUCCCAACACCAAUCAUGUCUUAACUUUACCAGUAUUGAUUGAAAUAAAUAUACCACGAUGAU